AUGUCUUCUCCAAUCAAAUAUUUCUACAAAGGUGAAGAGACCGACUUUAUCAUUUUUGUAAACUCUGAAGAAAAGGUGCAAGACUACUUAAAGAACAGUAAUAUUAAUAACUUGACAGAGGCUGUUUCUUUGUUCAAAGUAUUUGCCAACCAGGAUGCUCGUGGUUCUGAAGGUGAAUUGGGAGAGGCUUCAAAGUCACAGAUAGAAAACGAAUUUGGUCCAAAGAAAACUACAGAAGAGGUACUUGAUUUGAUCUUAAAGAAUGGUAAGCCUUUGAGUUCUACCAAUGUCAACAAGAAGAAAUACUCCUCUACCAAUGAUUCCAAUGGUGCAUAUUGA